AAUAUGCAUAAAUAUUUCUAUGUGUGUGUGCGUGUAUAAGAAAAAAGGACAUAUUUAAAGCUCAUUUGUAUCUUGAAAUAUUAACCUUAGGAGAAAAUUUCUAGUAUCUUACAGUAACCAAAUUUUUUUCCCCUACGUUCUCGCCUUUAAAACUAAAAUCUUCUCUGUCAGGCAUAUAUAAAAUAUAUAUUAAAAAAAUAAAAUAAAAUUAAUCGAAUUGGAUAUAUUCUCUUUGCACAAUGAAGUGGUUCGAAGAAAGUAUACAUCUUGCUGUACAUAAAUCCAAAACAACCAAAGCAAUUUUCGUUGUUUUCGUCGAAGGAAAAGAUGAUGCUUCGGCUCAGUUUAUGCAAGCAUUGAAUGUUGCUGAAGUUUCUAAAUAUUUUGAAAAUGAAGAUUUUGUAGCUGUUAAAUUGGAAAGUGGUAGCGAACAAUACAGAUUUUUCGCACAGAUUUAUCACCUUGUUCCAGUACCAUCUUUAUUCUUUAUUGGUGUCAAUGGUAUACCGCUUGAAAUAAUAGUCGGUAAUACAACUGCAACUGAGCUUACAUCCAAAAUCGAAUCUGUUUUAAUUAAAUCUGGAAAGAAAUGUCAAGAUAGUUCGUUUAAUUUAAUUGAAUCCGAAAAGAAAUCUUCAGAAUUGACUAACACGCCAGAUGCUUCUACUAGCGAAGUAACUACUGAUACAGAAAAAGUUACAGAAAAGGAAGAUGUACCAGAAAAAUCGACAGAAACUGUUACGAAGACAGAGGUUGAAAAUAAACCAGAAGAAAGUACAUCUACGGAUGUAAAGGAAACUGAUAUGAAGGAAACUGAUGUAAAGGAAGCAGAUUUAAAAGAAACGGAUGUAAAAGAUACUGAUGUAAAAGAAACAGAUGUAAAAGAAACAGAUGUAAAAGAAAUAGAUGCACCAACUACAAGUAACGAAACUAAGGAAGACAGUGAUACGGAUUUAACGAUGCAGGAAAAGUUAGAUAGAGCUAGACAAUUGAUAGAAGCACAGAAAAAGCAGCGACAAGAAGAGGAAGAAAAGAAACAUAAGGAAAAAGAAUUGGAACGUCGUAAGUUGGGACGGGAAAUGCAAAAGAUGAAACAAAUGCAACAAGAUUGGCAAGUGAAGAAAGCUCAAGAAGAAAGGAGGAAGGAAAAAGCGGCUGAAAACGCUGCCAGGGAAAAAGUAAGAUUACAAAUUGCUCAAGAUAAACUUGAACGGAAACAAAAGGAAUUGGCUUUGCAACCUAAACAAUCAUCACCGCCACCCUCAGAACAACCAAAAACACGACCAGCUUGGUUAACUGAUGCUACUAUAACUAGAAUUCAAUUUAGAUUGCCAUCCGGUAAUCCCCACAUGGCACCGUUUUCACCAUCAGAUACUUUAAGCAUUUUACGCACUUACGUUACCGAAAAUAUUGAUUUACCUUUCCGUCAAUUCGUCAUGUCAACUUCAUUUCCUAGAAGAAAUUUAACCGACGAGGACGACAAAAAAACUCUCUUGGAAUUAGAAUUGGUUCCACGAGCGGUGAUUUUAAUCCUACCGUUAAAAAAUAAUAAUACAAAAGCAAAUACAACAUCUGUAACAUCCGCUCAAGACGUUGGUUUUUUCUCGCGUUUCAUGUGGUCUCUAUUUGCUCCUGUAAUUGGCAUAUACAAUUAUCUGAUGGGAUAUUUUAACAAGACAUUAAAUGGCAAUACAGAUCCAAAUAACGAAGACUCUGCUAAUUCCUCAAAUGGUCCCAACACCGGUGAGGAAUCAACUUUUCCAAAUUUACAAAAUAUAACUCGAUCAACAGGACGAAAUUUUAGCAACUUAAACGGUGCGACGAUCAGAGCGCAAGGUAACAUACACAGACUACAUACUGACGGAGAUGAUAACGAUGAAAAUAAUACUUGGAAUGGCAAUUCGACGCAACAAAUGUGAAUGAUUUAGAAAUAAAGUAACGAUGCGCCGAGAGUACUACUACCAACUAUUACUACUAUUAUCAUUACUACUAACAACUUGUUAAAAUGACUCUUUCAACUUAAUUUUUAAUGAGUACCUAGAUUUUAAUACGAUCAUGAUUAAGUAUUAUAUAUAUUUCUCUUAUAUAAUAUGUUCAUUUAUUUAUAUAUUUAUAUUUAUACAAAUUAUAUAUAAGUAUAUAAAUGAAUGUAGUUAUUUUUUCUUUUGCCAAAAAAAAUAAGUAUCCAAAUAGUAUCAAAACGCGCAAAAGAUUAAUAUAUGCGAAUGGAAAUAAAGUUUAUAUACGAAAUACAUUUAAUAUCUCCAUUGUAACAAUAUUUAUGCGAGAAACGUGCAUAUUUAAAUGUUAAGUUUUGUUAUCUAUCUUGUUCUAUUUCUAAUUCUAUAUAUAUACAUGUAUAUAUACAUAUAUAUGUAUGUAUGUAUUUAGCUUUGUAAUGUUACACUAAAGAAUAACAUUUCGGCCUAAUUAUAUAUGGUAUAUAAAAAGUGUAGAAUGUAUCUAAACUAUCGAAGAAAUGUAUAAGGACCAAAAAUAGCGAACAGAUUAUUUCGCAGGUACUGUUGAGAUGGUUAGAACUAUUGUAAUUGAUAAUGGAUUAUCCGUAUGUAUAUGUAUACAUAUGUAGUUUGCGCAUAAUCAAUUUCUAUAACUGGUGCUAAACAAGAAAUUUUGAUUAUCAGUGUAUCUAUUUUUCUCUUCGUUCCUUUUUUAUUUUUUCUUUUUUUUUUUUCUUUUGUUUCAUUUCAUUUAGUUGGUGCAAUAAUCACACCAUGAUUUAUUAUAUUUACAAUUAAUGAUAAACCACACGAACAUCCAUUUGCUUGCACGCAUACAAAUCACAUUUUAGAAAUUAGAUUUAAAGAAAGAAAAAAAAAA